GUUGUUCCAGAUCGAGAGGGCAUCGUCGUCACUUUGCAGCGACCCGAUCUCUCUGCCUGGAGAGUGAGCGAAGCACUGUACCUUUUUUUAAUUUUUUUAGGAAGAAAGAGGGGAGGACGACGAGGAGAAAGACAACCUCCCCCCCCUUCUCUCUCUCUCUCUCUCUCUCUCUCUCUCACUGUUACUGUUGGGCUUGCAUUAAUUUCCAAUUCGGGCAACUGGUUGCUGUUGUUGGUCAAAGCAGGAGAAGGACCAGGAAUUCGAAGCAAGGAAUGGAGAGGAGCACUCCGGUGAGGAAGCCACACACAUCCACCGCAGAUCUGCUCACUUGGCCCGAAAACCCCACCGUCAAUUCAUCGGCCUUUACGUCUGCGGCUUCGCUAUCCGCCGUUCGCUCCCACCAGCCCUCGGAUGGGAUCAGUAAGGUGGUGUUCGGAGGUCAGGUGACGGAUGAGGAGGUCGAGAGCUUAAACAAACGGAAACCUUGUUCAGGGUAUAAAAUGAAGGAGAUGACUGGUAGUGGCAUAUUUAAUGGAGAAAAUGAUAAAGAAGAAUCUGGCAGUGCCAACCCUAUAUUGACUAGCAGAACAGGAAUACGCAUGUACCAGCAAGUAAUUGCCGGAAUUAGCCAUAUUUCAUUUGGUGAGGAAGAGAGUGUUUCUCCCAAAAAGCCUACUAGUGGGCCUGAGGUAGCAAAGCAACGUGAACUAAGCGGGACCCUGGAUAGUGAGUCAGAGGCAACGUUGAAGAAGCAGUUUUCUAAUGCAAAGUGCAAGGAACUUUCUGGACAUGACAUCUUUGCACCCCCUCCCGAAAUUUUACCUCAGCCAGUAACUGCUCGCAUAUUAGACUUGAAAGGAAGCAUAGAAAUUGGGGAACGUGCUUCGCAUAAUCCUGCUGGAGGUCAGAGAAAUAUCAUGUCCAGUGAGGAACCUGUGAUGAAGACAGCCAAGAAAAUAUAUAACCAGAAAUUUUCUCAGCUUUCCGGAAAUGACAUAUUCAAGGGUGAUGUUCCCCUGUCAUCUGCUGAGAAACCACCGAGUACAGCAAAAUUGCGAGAGAUGAGUGGCAGUGACAUCUUUGCUGAUGGGAAGGUAGAGUCUCGAGACUAUCUAGGUGGUGUGCGCAAGCCCCCGGGCGGCGAGAGCAGCAUUGCCUUGGUUUAAUUCUCGUUAGAUCUAACUCCUGCAGUUCUAUCACAUGGUGUUUGGGUUUUUGUUUUCAGUCUUAGUGGGAUGUGUGAUUAUAUUAUUUCGCAUUUCAUUCUGGUCUCAGGAGUUGUCCUAGGUUGUAACGAGUCGACCAGCAUUUGGACUAUAUACUAAUUAAUUGGUGUUUUAUGUCCAUAAUUGUGUUGUUUCACUGCUUGAGGUAUUAUUACCAGGUUAAUUUUUUUGAGUUA